CUCACUGCUGUCACUUCAGCUCCUCAAAGUCUGAGCAAUUAGGGGUCCAUUCAGCUGUAGGAAUAUGGCACCAGGAAAGAAGGGAAUCUUGGAGCGUCUUAACGCUGAUGAGGUUGUGAUCGGUGAUGGAGGUUUUGUGUUUGCCCUGGAGAAGAGAGGCUACGUGAAAGCUGGUCCAUGGACUCCUGAAGCUACUGUUGAGUACCCUGAAGCAGUGCGACAGCUGCACAGGGAGUUCCUGAGGGCUGGAGCCAAUGUCAUGCAGACCUUCACCUUCUACGCCAGUGAUGACAAACUGGAGAACAGGGGCAACGCGCUCGUCUCCACUGGAGCUCAGAUCAACGAGGCCGCCUGUAAUUUGGCCCGUGAGGUUGCCAAUGAGGGCGAUGCUCUGGUUGCCGGAGGAGUCUCUCAGACUCCGUCCUACCUGAGCUGUAAGAGUGAGAAAGACGUGAAGGCCAUCUUCAAGAAACAGCUGGAUGUGUUCAUCAAGAAAGACGUAGACUUCCUGAUUGCUGAGUACUUUGAGCAUGUUGAAGAGGCCGUGUGGGCUGUGGAGGUGCUGAAGGCCACAGGGAAGCCUGUCGCUGCUUCCCUGUGCAUCGGACCUGAGGGAGACAUGCACGGUGUCUCACCUGCAGAGUGCGCUGUCAAGCUGGUCAAAGCUGGUGCCGAGAUUGUUGGAGUCAACUGCCACUUUGACCCAAUGACCUGCGUGCAGGCCGUUAAGAUGAUGAAGGAGGGAGUGGAGAAGGCCGGUCUGAAGGCUCAUUACAUGGUGCAGCCACUGGCAUUCCACACCCCUGACUGCAACUGUCAGGGAUUUAUCGAUCUGCCAGAGUUCCCCUUCGGUCUGGAGCCCAGGAUUAUGACCCGCUGGGACAUGCACAAGUACGCCAGAGAGGCCUACAAUGUUGGCAUUCGCUUCAUUGGUGGCUGCUGUGGAUUUGAGCCUUACCACAUCAGGGCUGUGGCAGAGGAGUUGGCCGUUGAGAGAGGCAUCGUCCCCGCUGCAACAGAGAAACAUGGCAGCUGGGGAGCGGGUCUGGAAAUGCACACCAAGCCCUGGGUCAGAGCCAGAGCCCGUCGUGACUACUGGGAGAGCCUGAAGCCAGCCUCCGGUCGUCCAUACUGUCCCUCCAUGUCUUCUCCUGAUAGCUGGGGUGUCACUAGGGGCCAUUCUGAUCUCAUGCAGCAGAAAGAGGCCACCAGUAAAGACCAACUCAAACAGCUGUUUGGCAGGACGAAGAGCAACUGAGUCUGUCUGCCUCCUUCAGUCAAGCCGCCAUGCUGUGGAACUACUGAUGCUGCACAGUGGAGCACAGUCUCUGGAAACACCAAGUGCUACACCAAACAAACAUCAUGUCAGGGACAGACUCCUCACUUGAGAGAAGCACUGGUCUGUGCCUCUGUUGAUUAUAAAACCGUACUUUAAGUGAAGCCACAGAGGUUUCUCAAGUUAGGAACUGGCCAAUGAUCAGAUCAGGACCUGUAUGUUUUCCAUGACCAAGGACCAGUUUGUGUAAUAAAAUAACAGCAAAUAAAAUGUGAAUUGGUUACUUGA